ACUUUCGCUCGCAUUUUUAUGAUAUAUGGACAAUAGAAAACGCAUGUAAAUGAUGAUCACUAAUCUUCGUUACUUUCUUUUUUGUUGCUUCCAAAGUUUGUUUCGCUUUUUGUUACUGGAAGCAGUCAGAAGCCAUGGACGCGUCCAAGAAAUCCGUCAUGACGAAGGAGGAGCAACAACUGUCGCCAGCAGCAAGCCCAGCGGCAGCAGUCAUGACAGCCGAGGCUGAUGCCAUCAACGAGGAACAAGACAAGGCUGCUGCUGCUACAACCGCAGAUCACACUGCUCCUCCUCCUCCUCCUCCUGCUGCUGCUGCUGUUGCAGAUCACGCUGGGGAGAUGGACAUGGCUAGUGGCAGCGGCGUUGCUCACCUGGCACCACCGGCGGUGGCGCCGGCGCCGCGGUCUUCUCUCGCUAUGGCGGUCUCGGGGCUGGCGGACCAUGUCCUGGAGCGCAUGGUGAAGGUGCUGAUGAGGAAGUGCCACCCGCCGCAGGCGUUGUACCCGCUGAUUGGCAAGUCGCCACUGCGGCCGCCAUGGUGGCCGACGGGGCGCGAGCAGUGGUGGCCGGAGCUCGGCGCCGGCGCCGUCGUCCCGCCGUACAGGCCUGCGCCGCUGCUGUCCAAGGCGGAGAAGGAGGUGGCCGUGGUCGCCAUGGUGAAGAACCUCGUGCCGGACUUCGAGCGCCUCUUCAUGGCCGUGCGAAUGGCGCCCAGCGUCACCAGCAGGAUCACCGACGCCGAGGCGAGGGCGUGGGACGACGGCGUCGCCGGGGAGCGCGAGACGUACAUGGCGCGGCACCCGCACCGCACGACGCCGACCAGGGCGUGGAAGCUCAUGGAUUCCCUCAAGCCGGAGGCGGUGAGGAUGAAGCUCAAGGCGCCCAAGCCGAAGCCGCAGGUCACCAUCAAAGUCGAGGACGCCGCGCCUUUCCUCACUGUCUCCGCUGCCGCUGACCCCGCCGCCGUCGAGGCCGCCAUGGGGGCCAUCGAAGCCAUGAGAAACAGCAGCAAGGAUCCAGAUGCUCCGUACUAUCCCAUGCCAUCUCCACUUCAUGGGCAUAAUGAAGUUGGUCCAAAUGAUUACCCAGAAAACCCAGCAAUCUGGAAGGAGUUCAACAGGAAAGAAGGUCAGCUUGACUUGUUGCGAGUUGGCAAAAAGAAUGACCGGAUGGCGAUAUCCGAUAGGGUGGAUGGAGGAGCCAGUGGUAGCGGCCCCAGGAAGGGCUAUCUUGUGAUGAAAACGUACAAAAAGGCUCAAGAAUAUUAUCGCGAACUACGGAACAAAGGCGCCAUGGCUAGUGGUGCAGGUGUUAAAAUUGAAGAUGACAGUGAAACCGAGAGUGACAAUGAAGAUGAGAAGGCAAAUGAGAAGGCUAAGGCUAAGGCCAAGGCUAGAGCUGUGUAUCAACAAAAUAAAGGUGUUAAAACUGAAGAUCAGAGUGAAACAGAAAGUGAUAAUGAAGAUGAACAGGCAAAGGUUAUGGCAAAAGCUAAGGCUAGAGUUAUACCUCGACCAAACAAAGGUAUCUAAGAAAAUUAUCGGUGAUGCUAGCCGGAAAAUGUUAUGAUAUUCUUUUUUUUAUAUUAAACAUGCCUCUUAGUUGCGACUGCAAAUCUUUAGUACUUCAGUAUUUUCAUAUGGUCAAUAAUUGUGCCCAAUGAUCGAAAUCAGAACCAUUUGAAAUUGAUGAUGCCAU